AUGGGCACAGGAAAGAAGGAGGCGAACCGUAAGGUGCGCCAGGGGAAGGUUGGAGAUGGCAUGGCCAACGUGAAGGUCAAGGGUGAAAACUUCUACAGAGAUGCGAAGAAGGUGAGGACGCUGAACAGGCUGAAGGAUGGAAAGCCCCGACGUGAUGCCGAGGGAAAUAUCACCGUGGCUGCCUCGUACCAGUCGAGAGAGCUUCCCACAGCUCGCAUUGAACCGAACCGUAAAUGGUUUGGUAAUACGAGAGUCAUCUCUCAGGACGCGUUGACGUCUUUCCGUGACGCAGUCGCCGAACGUGCUUCCGAUCCGUAUUCCGUUCUUCUCAAGACCAAUAAGCUGCCCAUGAGUCUGAUCAAAGAGAAUACCACCGUGAAUGGAUUGAAGCAGCACGAGGCGAAGAUGGCUAUUGAGACAUCUCCCUAUGGAGAUACCUUUGGGCCCAAGGCUCAAAGAAAGCGAGUCAAGCUGGGUGUCGCUUCUCUGGAAGACUUGGCUAGUGAAACAGUCAAAAUGCAUGAUGCGUUUGUUGAGAAGACAGACCAAGCCACUCAUGAAGAUGGUACCCUCAUCGUCUCCGCAGAUGUGUCUAAUGAAGACGAUACCCUCAGCACAGCUACCACGGCACGAGAGUCCGUCUUCUCCAAGGGUCAGAGCAAGAGAAUUUGGAACGAACUGUAUAAGGUCAUCGAUUCUUCGGAUGUUGUUAUCCAUGUGCUUGAUGCCCGUGAUCCUGAAGGUACACGUUGCAGAAGUGUUGAGAAGUACAUUCGCGAGGAGGCGCCGCACAAGCACUUGAUCUUCGUGCUCAACAAGUGCGAUCUUGUACCAACGAACGUGGCUGCAUCUUGGGUACGACACCUUUCAAAAGACUAUCCUACUCUGGCUUUUCAUGCUUCGAUCAACAACUCCUUCGGGAAGGGGUCCUUGAUCCAGCUUCUCAGACAAUUCUCCUCGCUACACUCCGACCGGAAGCAGAUCUCCGUCGGACUGAUUGGCUAUCCCAAUACUGGAAAGUCAUCUAUCAUCAACACUCUACGCAAUAAGAAGGUGUGCACCGUUGCGCCGAUUCCUGGAGAGACCAAGGUCUGGCAGUACGUCACGUUGAUGAAGCGGAUUUACCUGAUCGACUGCCCUGGUGUGGUCCCUCCCAACCAAAACGACACCGAGACGGAUAUUCUGCUUCGCGGUGUCUGCCGUGUGGAGAAUGUCCACAACCCUGAACAAUACAUCCCUGCAGUUCUCAGCAAGGUUCAACCUAAGCACCUUGAACGCACUUAUGGCAUUAAGGGCGUGGAGGGUGCUAUCGAGUUCCUCAGUAUCCUUGCUCGCAAGGGUGGUAGGCUCCUUCGUGGAGGCGAACCAGAUCUGGAUGGUGUUGCCAAGAUGGUCAUCAAUGAUUUCCUUCGAGGCAAGAUUCCUUGGUUCACUAUCCCGCCCAAGUCCACUGGUGACGGGGAUGAAAAGAUUGAAGGCCGAGAAGGCCGCCUCGGAGAGAUGGGCCGAAAGAGAAAGAUCGAUGAGACGACCUCUGAGCCCUCGGAUGUCAAGCAGAGUACUUCUGGCAAAGAGGACAAUGAGACCGAGAAUGGAGAGUUCGAAGGAUUCGGCGAGAGCGACGACGACAACGAUUCAAUUGCGAAUCUUGAAGUCAGCGAUGAAGAAAGCGGAGAGGAGUGA